GAAGAAGCAGCAGAUGAAGAGGAGCAACUCAGGGUGCCCAAAACUUUUUGGAGAAACGUCAGAAUCUGAAGUCAUAUUGGUCAAGUCGUGAGAUCUUGUGGCCAGAACCGCAUCAGUGUAGUAUAGUAAUGUAAAGAUGGCGGAGCUACAAAUGCUUUUGAAAGAAGACAUUCCAGCAGGUCGGAGGGCGUUACUUGAUAGUUUUAGGAAUCUCGAAACAGUUGCGGAAUACUGCGAAAGCAACUAUGUGCAGUCCCCAGAUAAGCAGCAAGCCCUGGAGGAGACGAAGGACUAUACGUCCCAGUCCCUGGCCAGUGUAGCCUAUCUGAUCAACACCUUGGCUAAUAAUGUCCUCCAAAUGCUUGAUAUCCAGGCCUCGCAGCUCCAACGUAUGGAGUCCUCCAUCAACCAUAUCUCACAGACGGUGGACAUCCACAAGGAGAAGGUGGCAAGGAGAGAGAUUGGAAUCCUGACUACCAAUAAGAACACAUCUCGCACCCACAAAAUCGUUGCUCCAGCCAAUCCGGAGAGGCCGGUGCGGUACAUCUGUAAACCUAUAGAUUACAAUGUGCUGGAUGACGUCGGCCAUGGAGUCAAGUGGUUGCUAAGGUUCAAGGUCAGCAGCCAGAAUAUGAAGAUGGGUGGAGGUCUCCCUCGAACCAACCCACCGACCCAGAAACCCCCCAGCCCCCCCAUGCCAGGGAAGGGAACCAUUGGGCGCCACUCCCCCUAUCGGACGCUGGGGCCCGUGCGUCCGCCCGUGGUCCCUAACGACUAUGUCCCCAGCCCCACACGCAGCAUGGCCCAGCAGGAGAGUCCUGUUCUCACCACUUCAGUUAACCAGCGGACACGCACCUACAGCAGUGGAGGCAGUCACCCCGGCAGCAGUGGAGGCAGUCACCCCGGUAGCAGUGGAGGCAGUCACCCCGGCAGCAGUGGAGGCAGUCACCCCGGCAGCAGUGGAGGCAGUCACCCCGGCAGCAGUGGAGGCAGUCACCCCGGCAGCAGUGGAGGCAGUCACCCCGGCAGCAGUGGAGGCAGUCACCCCGGCAGCAGUGGAGGCAGUCACCCCGGCAGCAGUGGAGAGAACAGUGGGAGUGGCUCUGUAGGAGGACCCAUCGCUGUGCCAACAGCCUCUCCACCAGGCAGCUUUCCAGGGACCUCUCCUCCUGCUACCCAGUCCCCACCGUCCGCACCUGACCGCGCCCCUAACACUGAGGCCCAAUCGGCUGUAGCCGAGGCCCCUCUUCCCGCCCAAUACCCUCUCUCUGCUGCAGCCAUCUCAGCGGAAGUCUCAGAUGCACCACCUCCUGCAGAGGAGGAGGCGUCGGCCGUGAUGGAGUACAGUGACCCCUACGCCGAGGAGGACCCUCCCUGGGCGCCACACACCUACCUGGAGAAAGUUGUGGCCAUUUACGACUACGCAGCAGACAAGGAGGAUGAGCUGUCGUUCAACGAGGGCUGUAUCAUCUAUGUGAUCAAGAAGAACGAUGAUGACUGGUACGAGGGGACUAUGAAUGGUACCUCCGGGCUCGUCCCUGGUAACUACGUAGAAUCCAUCAUGCACGACGCAGACUGAGGCCACUCCCCGCCAAGC